AUGGAUUCAGAAACCACCCAGAAUAGUGAGAAAGGUAAACUCAAGGAUGACACCCACAAGGAGAACCGAGCUACCUCGCACUCUAUUCCACGUCGUUCAUCAUCGUCGAGCCAACCGGCGGCUAUUAGGGAUCCGGCGACGAUUGAUUUAAUGGAGAACCAUAACAUUACUAUGUUGAGAGCUGUUGAUGCCUUUCAAGAGCAGUUUUCUGUCAAGGUUAGGGUGAUCAGGGUUUGGGAACACCCUGAAAGGAGGAAUCCCAGUCAAUUAUACUCAUUUGACAUGAUUAUAAUGGACGAAGAGGGGACAAAGAUGGAGGCAACAUGCUUGAAUAGAGUUUUACCACAAUUUCGCCCGUCAUUAGUUGAAAAGAAAUGUUUGAUUAUCAGGAAUCCAACUAUAGGUUUUAAUAACUCUACGUACAGGUAUGUUGACAAUCAAAAUAGGCUAUGUUUCCAGGGGACAACCGAAGUUAUUCCAUGUGAAGAUAUUGGUGGAUCAACGUAUGGUUUUGAUUUCUUGAGUUUUGCAGACAUCUUGAACAGUAAUGCUAUUUCAAACUCUACAGUUGAUGUUAUUGGUUAUUUGAUUCGAUCAUUUCCUAAAGAGACUGUUAAUAACAAAUCAACUGGAAAGCAGGCUGUUAAGGUUACUAUAGAGAUAUCUGAUCUGGAGGGUCGGACGGUAUUUCUUACUCUGUGGGAUCAAUACUGUGAUAAAGUUUUGUCGUUUUUUGAGAGUAUCAAAGGAAAAAAUAUUCAUGCAAUCAUUAUAUUGCAGUUUGGCAAGGUCAAGUGGUGGAAUGGGGUUGCGUAUGUUAACAAUUCAUACACGGUUAGUCGUCUUUUUUGCAAUCAUGAUUGUCCUGAAGUCGAUGAGUUCAGAAACCGUUUGUUUGAAAAUUCGAUUGAAGUCUGUGAAUCCACGAGCCUUGGUUCCAUGGCAAAAUCUGUUGAAGAGGAAAUCUUGCAAAGCAAAGAUUUUUUAAAUAUUUGUGAUGUCUUUUCGCUUAAGACGGUUUGCAAGGUCAUUGUUCUGGGUAAUAUACUGGGUGUUUACAAAGAUGAAGGAUGGUUCUAUGAGGGUUGUAAUAGAUGUAACAAGAAGAUCAAAAAAGUUGUUAAUCUGAGUGAGGACACCCAGGAAUCAGGUUCAGCUGUUACAAAGGAGGUUCUUACCUGUGUAUCUGAUCGUUGUGCUUUUAAAACUAUAACUUCUUCUCUCAAGUUUAAGAUUCAACUUAGAGUUCAAGACCCAUCAGCUUCUGUUACACUUACUUUGUUUGAUCGUGAAGCACGGAAGUUGUUAGGAAAGUCUGUUGAUGAUAUUCUUACUGCUAACCCUGAAUUUCGUUCUGAUUCCAUGAAGAUUCCUGCUGAAGUAGACGCAUUGGUUGGCCAGACUGCUGCUUUUAAAAUAGAUCUGACUGUGGAUCCUAACGUUAUAUCUGUACUUCAAGAGAAGCAAUCCUCUUCACAGAUAAGUUCUUCUCAGAAUAUGUCUCUCAAUAUUGAUGCUUCAGAAUUUGAAUCUCAAACAUCUGAUGGUUUCAAGAACUCUGCUGCCAAAAGAAUCGAAAACAAUACUCCUGUGUCUAACAUGGCGAGCACCGUUUCACCUGUUUCAUUGGAUGUUACUGAUACUCCUGAUUCCAUGUUAGCUAAGGAUGAAGUGAAGCGAAACUUGGUUCAAGUCUAUGAUGUUGAAGAAGAUUCUCACACAUCUGCAACGAAGCUCCAAAAGUCUGGAGAGGUUCAGGAUUUCAAUAGUGCAGAGAAGAGGAACCUCUUAAUUCCUAAAGUUGAGAAAUAG